AUUUGCAUUAAUUUUCAAUUGUAUAUUAACUUGCAAAAUCCUUUGAAAGUGAAAUUACAUGAUGCUACAUCUUGCUUCUAACCUGUUGCUCUCUUAAUGGAGUCACUGGUGCAUGGUUGCUUGGCCCUGCUGCUUUAAGAAUUUGAUGACGUAAAAUAAAAUCCUUUCCCCGCCCCGAAAGAAACAGGAAGAGUGCAGCCACAAAAAGCACAGUGCCUUCCAACAGUGUCAGGGGAGAGAGUACUUUUGCAGCAAAGUCCUGAUACAAGCCCACCCUAGUGUGCUUUUGGGUUGUAUAGCUCAAGACAUGACUGAACAGCCAAGUGGAGUCGUUCACCUCAAGAUUCGAGCUUGCUUGCUGCUGGUGAUGUGCCUAGGGCAAUGGACACAGCAAACUCUGGCAACACCAUGCCAGGAUGGCGAACUGAGAAGAAUCGGUAAAGGCGAAAAAAAAUGCUGCCCCAAAUGCAAGUCAGUCACAGGAAGCAACAGCACAUGUCAAGAUACUGAGGACCUUGACUGCAGAUGUCGUGAGGGAUACAGCUGUGUUGAUAGCGCAUGUCUCUACUGCAAAAAACUGCCUGAAUGUGCAGAGGGCGAGGAGCUGGUUAAGCUUGGCAUUUUAGACUUCACGUUCAAAUGUAAACCAUGUGAGAAAGGAACCUAUUCAAGUGUUAAGAAUGGCUGGUGCCGUAACUGGACUGAUUGUGAAGGCUCUGGGUUUCUAACAAUCAAGCAAGGCAACAGUACACAUAAUGCAGUAUGUGGUUUCCCUGUUCAACGCUUGGACCAAGUUACUAUUACGAAUGACUCUCUAUAUACCACCAUCCUGGCCAUCCUUACUGCAGUAGCCUUAUUUGUUCUCAUCUUGCUGACCUUCUUCUUGCAUUUCUGCAUAUGGUCACUGAAGAAAGAAAAAUACUACACGGCUGAUGAUCUGGAACAUAACUUCCCUAGGCUGCCAGUGGCUCCACAACUGUCACACCAUGGAGAAGAGACUUACAGCUGCCAGUUCCCAGAAGAAGAACAUGGAGACAAAACACCAGAAGAAAAGCCUUGCUAUUUCCACUCUCAGAGUCUACAGUGAAAAACAGAUAAAUUGCAAUGUGCUGUGAGAAUAGGGAGCCGAGCUCACCUUUCCAAAAAAAA